AUGGGAUAUGAAAUAGAUAUGACAGAUUCCAUCAUUAAUUCAAGGUCUAGCUUUGAAAACAAACUGAAAAAUAGCUUAGGAACAUUACAGAGAAUGAUGGCAAAUCUAGAACAAGAAAUAAGAACUGCUGAACAGCGUAAACUGUCUACAAAAGAUGUAAAUGGGUAUAGAGAAGGUUUGAAACAGAUAUAUGAGAUUAGUAAUAAUAUUGACAACUUAUUACGAGACUGGAAGAUUGAAUUAACAGGAGACCCAGUGCAAUAUAAUUUAUCAAAAAGCACUUAUGAUAAAUAUCAACGUUUAUAUAAUGCACAGAUAUCAGGAGUAGAUGAGAUCCAUCGUAGAGCUAGUGAAUUAUUAUGUAAAACUGGGGACUUUAUAAAUCCGAACAGUACAGCGGAUCUAGUUCAAGAUGAUGAUUUCGAGGAUGAUUUUGAAGGUGAAUAUAGUAAUAUACCAUAUAAUGCAACUUCAUACAUAUUAGAUAUUGGUAAAGAGACAGAACUUGACAACUAUGGUAUAACGUCAUAUGUGCAUCAAUUUAAAAAUGUAGAUACACAAAUAGCUCAAGAGACAGCCAUGGGGAUUGGUCAUAUACAAUCUCAAAUGUAUGAGGUUAGUCAAAUUUUCCGAAAUAUUGCCUCUAUAGUUAAUGAACAGGGAGAUACAAUUCAAAAUUUAGAGACUUCCAUAGAUAACACAGUUUAUACUACUAAGCAAGCCAUCAAUGAACUUCGAAAAGCCUACAAUUCAAGUAGUUAUCGAAUACCGCUAUUAAUGUCAUAUGGCUUGCCAUUUUUCUUAUUUUUGCUUUUAGUUUUGAUCUUAAUGUUAUACUUUUUUAUUUUGGCCUUUAAGAGAUAA